GGCGGGGGCCGAGCAAGUCGGGCCAAGUGCGGGGCCGCCGGCCAGGGCGCCAGGCGCUGAGCCCCCGCGGCCCCCGGCUCCCCGGCCGCGCACGGCCGAGCCCGAGAGAGCGCGCUGAGGCGCAGCCCGGGAAGCGCCGCCAGCGCCGGCCGCCUGCGUCUGGGGAAGAGCGGCGCCCUGGGAGCGAGCCAUGCCCGGCGCCCGAGCGUAGCCGCGGGGGCCGCUCCCGGGAGCCGCGGGCCGGGCCCACCGCGCGCCGAGGACCAUGCCGCCCCCGGGCCGGGCGCCGCCGCUCGGGCUCCUGCUGGCGCUGACGGCGCUCCAGUGCCCAGUGACGGAGAGCCGCGCCAUCGUGGACAGCCUGCAGAGGUUUUCCUCGCUCCCUGCUUACCUUCCCACGAGCUUCCACGUCUCUAACGCAGAGGAGUCCUUCUUCCUUAAAGAGGCCAACCAGGACGUCACUCGGAACUGCAGUCUGCAGGCCCGGGUGGAGUCGUUCUUUAUCUACCGAGCCAGGAGCCCCCCGAUGGUCAAUGCCAGCUAUGGGCCAUUUUCAGUCGAGAAGACGGUCCCCCGGGAGUUCAUGCUGACAUCUGCACCCUUUGGCAACAUGGGCCAGUUUCCCUUCAACUGGAAGUUGAAAGCCCACAUCCUCGGUAGCUCCAUCUACUCCAACAGACCCAAAGUGCAGACCUUGUUCUACAUCACCGGGAUGGGCUGGGCCGACGGCGGCCCAGGGGAACAGCUCCCCUGCGUCAAGAUGUUUGCUUUCCCGGAGGCCAGGGAAGUGGCGGCCAGCUGUCGGCUGCAAGGGACCCCUGGGCUGUGUGUGGCCGAGCUGGAGGUGCUGCCCGAGUGGUUCAGCUCUGGGCUGGACCUGGAGCCCGAGGAGGAGAUCCCAGCCCUGCUGGGCGGCACGGCCAUGGAGCUCUUCUUCACGCUGUACCCGGCCGACCAGGCCGGCCAGUGUCCCCUGGAGGAGGACAGCAAGUGGGAGAACAACAUACACUCGGGCCAGGACAGCCCCCCGCCGGCGCCAGCUGCCCGGGAGAGGAUCGGGAGUGUCGUGGUCUACCCGACCCAGGACGAUCUCAAGUGGUCCCUGCUGAGCCUGGAUGAGAACGUCGUUCUCUCCGUACCUCUGAACCUCGUCCGGGAAGGGGACACCGCCACCUUUUUGGUCUCUCUGGCCAGUGGCUCUGUGGCUGACCACUUCACUCUCAGAAUUAAGGCAGCAGCAGGUGUGAAAAUAACCGCAGUGAGAGUCAGCAGUGAAGACCAGUGGGCGGUCCAGGAAGAAAUUGACAAUGACAGUGUUCAGACAGCAGCCACCCUCACCUGCGUGGGUCAUCACCCGGACACACAGAGCAGAACAAAUGGCUCCUUCUAUGAGAUCUUGCAGGUGGACUUUGGAAUUGACAACAGCAGUGGCCCGGCUGGCGCCCAGCAGAUCACCUGGCAGGUGGAGUACCCGGUGGAGGACGCCACGAGGGAUCUGGUUGUCUCUGAGAUCUUUGUCAGCCACACCUCCUUCGUGGGCAUCGUCCCGCUCGCAAUGGACACGGAGGUUCUGAACACGGCCAUUCUCACCGGAAAGGUUGUUUCGGUUCCCGUCAAGGUCGUGGCCGUUCAAGAGGAUGGUUCGGUGGUGGACGUGUCGGAGGCCGUGGAAUGCAGGUCUGCGGAUGAAGACGUCGUCAAGGUCUCCAACGGCUGCGAUUCGAUUUUUGUGAAUGGGAAGGAGAUGAAGAGCAAAGUGGACACGAUCGUGAACUUCACCCACCAGCACUUCACCUCCCAGUUAGAGGUCACCGUCUGGACGCCCAGACUCCCCCUGCAGGUCGACAUCUCGGAUACCGAGCUGAGCCAGAUCAAAGGGUGGAGGAUCCCAGUGGCUUCCAACCGAAGGCCCGCCAGAGACAGCGAGGACGAAGAAGACGAGGAGAGGAAGGGGAGAGGCUGCUCUCUGCAGUAUCAGCGCGCCCUCGUGCGCGUCCUCACCCAGUUCGUGGCCGAGUCACCCGACUCGGGUCAGCUGAGCUACAUGCUGGGCCCCGACUGGCAGUUUGACGUCACUGACCUCGUGAUGGAUUUCAUGAAGGUGGAAGAGCCGAGAAUUGCUCAGUUACAGGACGGCAGGAUCCUGGUGGGCCGGGAGCCGGGCAUCACCACCGUGCAGGUCCUGUCGCCUCUCUCUGACUCCAUCCUGGCUGAGAAGACGGUGACCGUCCUGGAUGACCGUGUCACCAUCGUGGACCUGGGCGUGCAGUUGGUGGCCGGCUUGUCUCUUUCCCUGCGGCCUCACAGGUUGGACAAAAGAGCCAUCAUUUCAACAGCAGCUGCCCAGGAUGUGCUUCAAGCCCCACAGCAAGAAGCAAUAGUCAGUUCUUGGAUUCUGUUCAGUGACGGUUCGGUGACACCUUUAGACAUUUACGAUCCCAAGGAUUUUUCGGUUACUGUCUCAUCAUUGGAUGAAAUGGUGGUGUCUGUCCAGGCAAACCUUCAGUCCAAAUGGCCAGUUGUCGUUGCAGAGGGGGAAGGGCAAGGGCCCUUGAUUAAACUGGAAAUGAUGAUCAGUGAGCCCUGUCAGAAGACCAAGAGGAAGAGCGUUCUUGCCGUGGGUAAAGGGAACGUCAAGGUCAAAUUUGAAGUAAAUACUGGUGAGCACCAAGGAGGCACCAACGACGUUGAGGGCGGCAGUCGGGAAUAUAAAGACCACGUGAGGAACAGCAUAGAGCGCGAAGGAGGCCGGGAGAGGGCCGUGCAGCAGCGGUUCCAACAUGGCGCCCCUGGCGGCCACGGGGAAAGUACCAACCAAAGCACAGCCCCGCAGUCUCCCAUGGAAGGAAAGGAUAAGAAGCUGCUCAAGAGUGGUGGUCCAGACGCCUUUACAAGCUUCCCCACUCAAGGGAAGUUACCGGAACCCCAUAAUCCUAGUGACCUUACGGUGACCUCCAGGGGGUUGACCGACUUGGAGAUCGGCAUGUACGCCCUGCUCUGCGUCUUCUGCCUGGCCAUUUUGGUCUUCUUAAUUAACUGUGUGGCGUUUGCCUGGAAAUACAGACACAAAAGAUUCGCCGUGAGCGAGCAAGGCGACAUCCCCCAUUCCCACGACUGGGUCUGGCUGGGGAACGACGUGGAGCUUUUGGAGAACCCGGUGGACGUGACCCUCCCGUCGGAGGAGUGCACGACCAUGAUCGACAGGGGGCUGCAGUCCGAGGAGAGGAACUUCCUUCUGAAUGGCGGUUCCCAGAAGACUUUCCCUAGUCAGCUGCUCAGACCUUCUGACUUUGUCUAUGAGAAAGACGUGAAAAACGAACCUCUGAGUUCGUCCGGCCCAAAGAGGAAGAGGGUCAAGUUUACGUCCUACACCACCAUCCUCCCGGAGGACGGCGGUCCGUACACCAACUCCAUCCCGUUUGACAGUGAUGGCAGCAUCCAGUGGGUGUGCCCGGACAUGGGGCUGGGGGCGUCCCAGGGCUUCAGAGAGUACAUGGAGAGGCUGCAGGACCAGAUGUAAACUCCUUUCUCAUGUCUGUAUUCACCUUUAUGCCUUCUGCUUUUUGAAUGGUGGAGCCUGAGUCUGACCAGCAAUAGGGGAUGAGUUAACAAAGCUUCGUUUGUGGAGGUCUGGCGGGAUCCCUUUCGAAGCAGCCAUCAGGGAGAGCAAAGGCAGCUGGGUUUGAAGCCAGGAUGUGCCCCCAGAUAAGCUACAAGGGGGUCCUGGAGAAAUUCUAAGACCACGGUUUUAUCUGCUGCCUGGUACUAGCUCAGUUCAAAUAUAAUAAACCAGACCCCACAGACAUUGUUAGUCAUCUCGUGGCAAAACAGCCGUGUGGAAUUAGAAAAGACUUGGGUUUGAUUUUUCUACUCCUAGACCUUUUAAAGCACAGUGGACAUUUCUUGCCCUUGGCCUGAGAUUGGACAUACGUGAAAGAUGCUGAAUGUAGCCGCCCAUAUUUGUUACGAGCACUGCUCAUUAUUUUUAUAUAUCUUUGCACCUGCACCUGGUUCCUUUGACCUCUGCAAUUCUUUUUGAAACAUGAAGACAAGCAAUUUCAUUCUUUUCUCUGAAAUCUGUUUGAUUUACAUAUGAAUUUUAGUCCCUGUGAUGUGCCACGUCCUGUUAUUUCCUGGGUGUCUGUGCAGGCUUUCAGGGUCUUUCCAGUUUUCCUCACUGCAUCCCUUAGGGGCAAUGUCUAAGAAGCUUAGCCUCAUGCCGUCUUUCUUUCUUUUUGUUGUUGAACUUUCUUGUAUCAGACGGGGACAUGGGAUUUUACUUAAAAUAUUAAUAUACUGUAAGAGAGGGCCGUCUUCUUUACAGUUUUCUACAUGAAGCUUAAAAACUUUGGAGAAAAGUUGUGAACAGUGAACCUUUACUUUUAUCUUCUGCUUGCGGGAGUCAUGAGGACCUCUUUCCUGGGGUGCAUUUCUGAGGACAAAAAAAAAGUCCUCAAAAUAGUUGUAUUUAUACUAAUGCUUUGUGGUCAACACCAUUUGUUAUCCAAACUGAAAUCAAAAUCUAAAAAUGAUAUGCAGAGAAAGGAAAUUGCAUAGGAAGUAUCUUCAGAUUAAACUUUUCUCUUACCAGAACAAAACUUUUUAAAAACAGUAAAUGAAAUGAUGUUUCAACUUAGCAAUAUGUAGAAAUCUACCCAUACAAUGAUUUCCACCCACCACCACCAAAAAAAAACCCAAACAAACCCAAAACAUAUAUCUAUUCUCAGUCAUGACUCUGGCAGAGAUAAAACCUAUACAGGGUGUCCAUUAAUGGAGAACAGCAAUGGGUUUACCCCCCAAAUUCAUAAAAUAAAUGACUUCCAGAAGCUUGAGAAGCAAUUGUGGUGAAAAGCCAUAGCUAUUGGGAAAUCGAAGUGGCAAGAGAGAAAAAAAAAAUCAUGAUUCCUGCAUAAUUUUUAAAUAAACAAUGUUUUAGUAUGCCUGGUCUCAAGCAAAGCAAGAAUUUCAGAUUAGGAAACCAUGACAACGUUCUAUGAAGAUGCGCUAGCUGGAAAAUCAGACACUGGAUGAGUAUAUGCCUCAUUCUGAGCUUUCUUGAGCCAUUUGCAUCUCUGAGAGGCAGAAUUUUAAAGGCCCAAACAGUCAAGGACCUGCAGGAGGUGUUGAAACAGUUUCUUGACUCCUGAUGGCUGUUGACUGGGCUAUUCAAAAGGGUGUGCUUCCGUGGUUCUCUUCUAGGGUUCCGUGGACAGGAGUGUGACAACCAGCCUUCUCCAACCACGACAUGGCAGACACAGAAUUCUCCUUGUAUCUCUUGCCCACAGGACUACAAUACGUUUGUAAACUGCACCUAAGUUACCAGUGAUAACGCUGCCUGACCUCAGAGGCUGGUGUUCAGUUGCUCUUGUGUUUAAAAUGGGGGUUAGGAGCUGAAGCUGCUAAGGUUCCCCAGAUCUUCCAGUUUGAUUGGGGAAUGAAACCAGGAGACCCAGGCAUCAGCUUCCAAAGGAGUUUGCAAAGAGAUGGCUGACACCUUGUAGGAAGAGCUCCUCUGGUGGCCAGAGGAAGCUGCCUCUGCUUUUCAAAGGGCUUGGCAAGGAGGUAGCUCAAAGCCAACUGUGUAGGGUUGGAGAGGGAUUCAGGCACUCGCUGAAACAUAGCUGUCCCCGGGAGCCCUGCUUCUCCUAUCAGAUAUUUUCCAUUUUCUCUCCCUUUGGGUCUUGGACAUUCCAGACAGGGUGGGGAUGUCAUUUCUGAAGCUGAGGACCCUCAACUGAUACAGGGGGUGAGUCUCUCUCACACACACAGCAGGCUGCCUCGCACUGGUAAAAUGAGACUUCCCGUGGGUAUAAUUCGGGAGGGGACAAAGGAAGUUACUAUUGUCACGGGGAGGCUUAUUAAGUGGCACACAAAUUAGAGCGUCUCCUGUGGUCCGAGUGCUUGCCGUGACGCAGAAAGCAAACGGGAGAAUCGGAAAGGGCCAGGGGUUUCUCUGCGGAGCCGGGAACUGACCGUGGCUCUGAAGACGCCUCCCUUGGGUAAGCUAACGUCACCCAGAGUGAUGCACAAACCACCUUUGCUGGUUUCUGUUGAGACUCAGUCAGUUCAAAAUAAAGAUCAAAUGGAAGGUUUCAGGGCAGAGAUCCCUUUUAUCAUACCACACACACUCCCAUAUAUGCACACGUACAUACGUAUUAUACCCACGUGUGUGUGUGUGUGUGAAUAGUGAAGAAUCAGAAAUUCAGUUUUUUUGUGGGAAUCAACACUGUCAGUUGUUCUCAGAUUUGGUGUGGACACUAUUCAGCUUAACAGAAUCACUGAAGUUCUUUCUGCUCUAAAUAUUCCCUGCUGACUAGAAACUAUGGGUUAUAUCGGCUUGUUUUCCAACUAGUCAAUUUAAAACAAAUAGGAACUAUACCUCCAAAAUAUUUCAGCUCAAAUGGGGGGGGCAUGGGACCUCCCUGGUGGCACAGUGGUUAAGAAUCCGUCUGCCAGUGCAAGGGACACGGUUCGAUCCCUGGUCCCGGAAGAUCCCACAUGCCACAGAGCAACUAAGCCCGUGCGCCACAACUACUGAGCCUGCGUGCCACAACUACUGAA